UGGAUUGGAGCCAUCCUUGCAGGUCUGCAGUCUCAAAGAGCAAAGUUAUGAGAGACCACUAAGUGAACUGAUUUCUCUGGAUAACAUUUGGCUGAAGAAUGUUGUAGUCCCCUAAAGUAAAGGAUGGUCAGGCAAAGUUCUGCUCACUUUAGAAGCCAUAGGUGUGCUGUUCUACACCUUAAAAAGCAGUCACCAGGGAUUCAUGGUUUCCCCCCAUCUUCACUGUUGACAGGGAUAUUGAGCUGACAGAACCUGCCCUGCCUUGUCAGGCAGUAACUUGGCUCCAGAACUGCACUAGUCCUUUGACAGAAAGUGGUGCUAAAGUAACUCCUGACCUGAGUGCUCCUGAGAUGGAUCUUCCAGCCUAGUUUUGAAGAGGAACCCAGUCCCCUCCUUGGAGAUCUCUCAGCAAUACCAUCAAACCUGGUGCCCCUGGUUGACAAAAGCCAUCUCCCCAGCCAUCCCAGUGUACAAUGGGCUCGUGUUCUUGUUUGUACUGGCAAACUUCAGCAUGGCAACUUUCAUGGACCCUGGAGUAUUCCCCCGAGCAGAUGAAGAUGAGGACAAAGAUGACGACUUCCGAGCUCCGCUCUACAAGAACGUGGAGAUCAAGGGGAUCCAAGUUCGGAUGAAGUGGUGCGCGACCUGCCACUUCUACCGCCCCCCGCGCUGCUCCCACUGCAGCGUCUGCGACAACUGCGUCGAGGACUUUGACCAUCACUGCCCAUGGGUCAACAAUUGCAUAGGACGGAGGAACUACCGCUAUUUUUUUCUCUUCUUGCUGUCCUUAAGUACACACAUGGUUGGAGUGUUCACCUUCGGGCUCAUCUUCGUGCUGAACCACAUGGAAAAGCUGGGAGCAGCCCACACCACCAUCACGAUGGCUGUCAUGUGUGUGGCUGGCUUGUUCUUUAUCCCAGUCAUUGGUCUCACUGGCUUCCACAUAGUUCUGGUGGCCCGAGGGCGCACAACGAAUGAACAGGUGACAGGUAAAUUCCGCGGGGGAGUGAAUCCUUUCACCCGAGGAUGCUGUGGGAACGUGGAACACGUGCUCUGCAGCCCCUUGGCUCCCAGGUAUGUAAUGGAGCCCAAGAAGAAGCAGGCUGUGAGUGUGAAGCCUCCUUUCCUCAGACCUGAUUUAUCUGAGCGACAGAUCACAGUGAAGAUCAGUGACAAUGGGAUCCAAGCCAACCUCAACCGCAGCAAGUCUAAAAUUAGCCUGGAAGGUCUGGAGGAUAAAAGUAUGGAGGGCCAACCACCUCUCCCACCCAAAGGAGAUCCAAGCAAGUACUCAGAGCUAAAAGGGCAGCUGGGUGCCAGUGAAGAAGGUGGCCUUUCACCCAAACUCAUCAGCCCCCCCACUCCUGCCAUGUACAAGUACCGACCCGCUUUCAGCAACAACCCCAAAGUUCACUACCACGCCACGGCCGAGCAGAUCACCCUGCAGGAGGGACACAGCCAAGGGGCUUUGAUAGAAGAGGAUGGCAGGAGCCUUGAUUACCAGUCCGAACCCAGCCUGGACAUCCCCAGCUACAGGAAGAGCUCCCUCCACAAGACCUAUCAGUCUUCCCCACUGCAGAUAGAUUCCUUUGCCAUCAACUCACGAUCCCUGAGCCUGAAAUCUGCUGGCAGGAGAGGGACAGACAAAGUGCCCCUUCAUCCCAUGAAGUCUGAAGGGGCGGCUUCCACCCCUUACAAAAGCAUCUUUUCUCCCAAUUCCCUGUCCAACAGAAACGGGAGCCUUUCCUAUGACAGUUUGCUGAACCCCAUGUCCCCCUCGGGGAGGAAGUGCAUGGCCCACUCUGCAGUGAGCUCUGUCGGGUACCACUCCCCGUAUCUGUCAGCCAAAAUGUGCCACCUGCGGGGCAGUGACCUGCAGCACCAGCCCCCCCAGAGCUUCAGCCCCGUGCUGGGGGCUCCGGCUCCGCACCAGCGAGACCCCUCCCCGGUGCGCUACGACAACCUUUCCAAGACAAUUAUGGCGUCCAUCCAGGAAAGGAAGGAGAUGGAAGAGAGGGAGAAGCUCCUCCACUCGCACCCCGACUCGGUGUUUGCAGACUCGGGUGUCUAUGACACCCCCAGCUCCUACAGCCUGCAGCAGGUCAGCACACUGUCCGAGGACCCGCGCGGCAUGGCCAUGAGAUACGGGUCCAGGGACAAUCUGAUGGCCGCCACCAGCUUUAGCACAAGGAACCCUAUACUGCAGUCCUCAGUGUCUUCACUCUCAAGUGCAAUGACAAGAGCACCAAGGACUUCCACAACCUCUCUGCAAGCUGAUUUAGCCAAUAAUAACGUGCAGUCCCACCAGGCGCUGCAGGGCAGGGUGAGCAACGGCUCCUACAAAUCCCCGGGCCACCAGGUCCCGUCGUCCCCCACAGGGAUGCCCAGGUCACCCUCCUACGGAGGCCCGAAGGCCGUGUCCUUUGUGAACACUGUGGAAAUCACGGAGGUGCAAGCAGUGGGAGCACAGAGGGAUGACAUGCAGUUGAAGACACCUCACAGUAAAAUCAAUGGACAGCCAAAAGGAAUAGUCAGGUUGGGCUCCACAUCAAGUUCCCAAGGGACCCCUGUCAGCCCUGCUAGACACUCAAAUGUUAAGAAGGUGUCUGGAGUUGGUGGAACAACCUAUGAAAUUUCAGUGUAAAAUAAAAUUAGUUAAAAAUAAAGAGCCAUCCACUCAGCCAGCCAUGAAGCUAGGAGCACUGUGAAGACUCAAAUAACAACAAAGAAGGAGCAGCAGCGGCCGGCCACUCUCCUUUUCUUGUUUUGGGUUUGUUCUGUUUUCAUCUUUCUCUUCUGGCCAAAAACCAGCUGCAGCCUUAUUCUUGAGGGAAUUAAACUGUACAGUCUAUCAGACUCUUCCUGAAGAGGGAAGGGAACUGGCAGGAACUGGCUACGACCUGACACCACGGCCCCGAGGGUUCCCUUCCUGCGGGGGAGCGCUGAAGCCAUCGCGCGUCUGUCCAGCGAGUCUCUCGUGUACCAGUUGUGCUGUGACGGUCAGUCCGGGGUCAUUCAGCUUUCCCAUGCCUGUUCCCAGUUCUCCUGGCCAGUGAUGUGUCCAGCAGGAGCCAAGGACCACCUGCUGUUUUCCUGCUGCCAUGGAAGGCAGGUUUCCUGUGCGAGAACUGCCCCGCGUCCCCCCGGCACUGCCGCUUGGGUUCCUUCUCCUGGGAAGGAGCAAGGCAAGGCCACUUGGGCUGCAAACACCAUGUCGUCUUCAAAAGCCUCCCUGGUCCUGGAUGGGAGCAGGAGAAAGGAUCUCAACAGCUUCUCACUGUCUGCCAGUCUCCUCCCUGUGUGUGACACUGUGUGUGUGUCUGUCUCUCGUGGAAAAGGACCAGGAAGGAUCUUCCACUGACCUCUCGCUCCCUCUGGGUUCUAAAGGCUUCUCUGACUCGGAAGCAGAACCAAGCAGAUAAGAAAGGAAAUGUUUGGAUGGGAACAUACUUUAAACAGCCGUCAGCUGCUUUCCCUGCACCCUCCCUGUUCCCCGUUGGAUUUAGGCAAUAACCUGGUUUACUGCCCUGCCCUGGUGCCGUCUGUGUAAUCCCACAACAAGGUUGUCAUGAGCUGUUGAAUUUACAGUGUGUGUAACUGAGCCAAGUGUACAUCUAAAGGAUAUAAAUUUUCUGUCUGCCUAAUUACUAGCACAUUCCCUUUGGUCUUCAAUACUGUUAGACAAAGGAUUUUCCAUUUGGGUUUUUUCCCCGGGGAACAACUUUUUAAAAUAGUAUCAAUCAAAUCUAUUUAACAUUCUGAGGUUUCCUUUUCGUGUCUCCAGAAAAGUACAUUUACUUUGUUGGAUUUAAAGACAACUUUACUAUAAAAAAACAAGAAAGGGGUGCAUUACUUUUAUCACAAAUAUGAGGACUCUGGCAAAGCUAAUUUUGGGACAAAUGGAUUUUUAUUUCUCUGUUCCUUAUCUCCUUUUCCUUCCCAUGCAGUUACCACCUCAGAAGUCAAAAGUACUGAGAUCUGGACCAAUGCUAACUAGCCAGAUCACGUGUGCAAUUAAGAAUAUCCUGAGCGACUGUUGCCAAAGUCACUAAAAAUUAUUCUUUUAUCACUGAGCCAGUCAGCAUACGAAACCUCGACUUCCCACCUGGUUCUCCUGGUGAAUGGUUUUGACUAGAGAGCUAAAUCCAUCAUUUUUCAGGAUAUUUGUUUCAAGGGGUUAAAUCCUUUUCAAUCCUUGACUAUAAUGAGGAGCUCUCCAGGUAUUUGGUAGCAAUUCAGAAUGUGUUGAUAACAUCUUAUUUGUUUUCAUGUAUGUUGAGAUUAAUUGUUCCAGAAGGCAAAUACUGACCUUAGUUUUGCCUGGUUAAAAUUUGUAUUUUAAUUUGAUAAAUCUUGACAUCUGCUGCAAUACAUGGUUAUUAUGUCCCUUGUAUAUCACAUUAUUUUUUGGGGACAAAGGUUGAAGAGAACAUAAGAAAGUUAAUCAUCUCUCUGUGGAAUGCUCUGUGUUGCCUGAAGGGAGAAACCUGGAAAGCAAUGCACCUGCAAUAGGCUGAAGUUCUGAGAGAGGGAAGUAGAAGUGAUAUUUUCAGUGCCUACUGUAGGGACAUUGCAGAGCAGAGAAGCAGUAGUCCUUCUAUGCAGAUUUGCUCACUGGCAUGUAGAAUAUUGUCUUUAGUUGGAUGCACCACGGUACCAGAAAGAUGCUGGCAAACUGGAUCAGGUACACAUGGAGCAAUAUGUAUUAAAGGACUGGCUGGGCUGGCUAAUGAGAUGAUUUAAAGGGCUAAAACGUGCCACUGGCGAGGCAAUGAAGGGGAAAUCAAGUAUCAUAAUUGUACAGAUAUGUUAAUUAAAAGUUGCAAAACCAAAGGUAAAUCAAAGGGUUGUCACUGGUAACCAAUGGUCUCCAUUUAGAAGGGGGCACAGAAGCUGGAGGAGAAGGGGCAGUGGAAUAGUCUUCCAAGGCAGAGUUUUGGAGCCAAAGUAUUCAGGACAGUCAAACUAUAUUUGGACAAGUCAUUAAAAGAAUUUCUGUGAGAGGUGAGCCUGUGGGGACAAGAGGCUAGACCAGAUGGCCUUAUAGAUUUCUUCCAUCUUUAACUGUUACUAAUCUGCCAUCUACCCUGAUGUUAACUCCUCAGGAGGAUGCAGUACUUCCUUAAGGACUGGAAUUCACUCUGGUGCAUAGAGUAUCACAAGAAUUACUUGUUUUUAAAGUAUCACCUAUGCCAUAUGUAAGCCCUGAAAAAGAGGGGAUAUGAGACACAGGGAGUUUGGGCUUGGGAGCUGGACAAGGGCACAUCUGAUCAUGUAUCUUUGAAUACCUACAUGAAAUUCAUGCAAGCAAGGCUGAAAAUUUGCACCAGUGUAACAUUUGAGAUUUGCAUCCCAGUGAUGCUCCACUUUGAUCGUUCUUUCUCUUGCAUUUAUAAAUGAAAAAGCUACUGAGGAACUUGAAGGGCCAAAGAGCCUUUGAAGUUAACUACAUUAGUUCAUGAGAGAAUUUCUCAGUAAGACUAAACACAGUAUUGUGUGUAUAAAGCACUAAUAUCCAGGGUUAUUUUGACAUAGUUCACAAGGGGUAAGGGAGGGAAAAAUGAAUGCACUGUGUCAGUACAGGUUCAGAAGUAAGGAUUAUGUAUUUUGUGAGUAGUUUUGCCCACAGUUGAGAGACAUUCAACUUCUUCAUAGGUUUACAAUGGUACCAAAGUCUUUUUUUUUUUCCUCUUGAGGUUUGCAUUUAGUUCAGUGCACAUAGCCUGGAGUAAAUGAUUCAAAUUUUCUGAAAGAAUAAUCUAAGCAGAACUGUUAACAGGAGAUUGCAUGCAGCAAAUCCAGCCUCAUUUUCAUCCAAGGCACUGAGCCUGCAGUUAUUUUCUCAUAAAUCUAAGUGUCUGUUUCCAUAGUUCCUGUUGUGGGGCUGGGGACCUAUUUAUUAAAUCCAGUUUUUGAGCAGAUCCAGCCCAUGUUAAAGUAUAGUUCUUUAAGCAGUUUACAGAUUAGCAGCAAGGUUCUUCUGCCCAGAUAGCCUAUUUUUACAGACACUGCAGGCCAAAUCUUCAGCUGGUAUAAAUUGGUGUGGCUCCAUCAAAGCUCAUUUAAUUGAUGCUAAUUUGUAGUAGGUGGGGAUCAGCCAUGAAAAUCCAGCAUGAGUUAACACAUCCUGUAAAGUAGCUUCUUUAUUUUUGUCAUGCUUAUUUCACGUGUCAGAAGUCUUAAAUAUUGUCAACAUGUUUUUAUUUGUAGCUGUGGAUUGUAUUACCUAUUUAAAAAACAGCAAUAGUUUUUGUUUAGUUUAUGCCUCAGUUUUCAUUGCAUAUUGCAUUUUAUUAGCAGUUUGUUCCCUGUUCAUACGCUCCCAUUUAGCCUCCAGGUUUUCAUUGUAGUACAACCUGCCUUGAAAAGUUGGAUCUCUGUAUCUUUAAUUGUAUAAUAUAUUGAGUAUUAUGAAAUUAAAUGUACCUUACUACAUGGGUGGGAGAGAGAGGAAAUAUUUUUACUUGAAGCCUUAAUAUUUUCUUUUUUUACUACUUUGUUUGUUGACCUCAUAGGAAAGUCUGAAUAGCAAAGACUUUGAAACUCCGGGCCAAAUACUGCACUGACAGACAACCAGCAUUUGGCCCCCAUGUCAAAACUGGAUGCAGACAUAACCUGAAGUGAACAAGGGAAAAGCCUCAGGGUGGCAUAUCUUCCUGAAGAUCAUUGAUACAGUCUCAAAAUACGUCUGUAAGCAAGUACAUUAAAGAAUUCUUCAAGUCUUGAAUUUUAAAGGAAGGUGAUAGCAGGAACUGCCCUAAUAUCUUACAUUUGCUUUUUUAUUUAUUUUUUUUUUAAAUUAAGCAAAACAAAUGUAUUUACUCAGUUUGGUUGAAGGCAGCUCUGAGGGUUGCACAGAGCUGUGUGUCAGUGGCCACGUGCAGCAAAUGAGCUGGGCUGUGUUGCUGCUCUAAUUGCUAACCAAGCAUAACGUUGGGGCAGCUUGGCCUGAGAGAAUCCCCUCCUGGGCAUUCCCGGGGACGUUCCUACUCUCCUGCAAGCCUAAUGUGGAAAUUGCAAUGUGGUUUUCUUUGGACUAUAUCUGUGGGCCAGACUAGAGAUAUAUAGAGAGAUAUAUAUAUAUAGUCAAUAUUUUUUUGUGUGUGUGGGAAAGAUGGGGUCAAGCUUGCUGUCUCUGACAGUCUGGGAAGUUGAUGUCGAACCGUUUUUAUGGUCUGUAUUUCACCUGUUCUGCCACCUUGAAUUGUUGGAAUGUAUCCGUGCAGGCUUUGUGGAGCUCUGUCUGUAACCUUUUUUGUGGCUCUCGUAAUACAUAUAUAUUUUUUAAA